AUUGAGCAGCUGUUGAUUUGGUAUACUUGACUUGUGAUUAAUCAUAAAACUACUUCACUGUGAUAUUGAAGUUAAUAUAAAAUGCAUGGCCGGUUAAAAGUACGUACAACCGCGGAACAGCAGGAAAUAAAGCGCAAGGAACGUGCAGAAAAGGUGAAGAAGUUCCAGGCUGGAUUACACAGGGUUUUCCAAAAGCGCGAUGCGGGAGAGUUGGACGCAGAGGCCUUGCAGAUAACCGCCCAGCUGCUUGCAGGCAACCCAGAUGUGUCGACGCUGUGGAACUAUCGCAGAGCGGUGCUGCAACACUACAUCGAUACGAAGAGCGAGGAUGAAGUUCAGGCGGCGUGCGUGGAGGAACUCGACUUUCUCGAGUCGUGCCUGCGCGUCAACCCCAAGUCAUACGGCGUGUGGCACCAUCGCGCAUGGACGCUGUCCGGCGCGCCGCGGCCUGACUGGACGCGCGAGCUUCAGCUCUGCGACAAGUUCCUCGAGUACGACGAGAGAAACUUCCACUGCUGGGACCACCGCAGGUUUGUCGUGAAGUGCUCCGGAGUAUCCGCGGAGGCGGAACUCGAAUUCACGGACACUAAGAUCAGCACAAACUUCUCCAACUACUCAUCUUGGUAUUACAGGAGCAAGUUGCUUCCCAUCGUUCAUCCGGCAACGGAUGGGAGCGGGAGGGUGGCAGAGGCUGAGCUACUGAAAGAGUUUCAGCUGGUACAGAAUGCUUUCUUCACGGAUCCGAAUGACCAGAGCGCUUGGUUCUACCAUCGCUGGUUGCUAGGAAAAGGUGAGCAGAGGCUAGCGUUGGAUUGCAUACAUAUCAGCAGAGACCCAUGCCGUGCGAGUGUCAGACUCACUAAACCAGUGAAGUUGGGCCACGACCACGUCAGCUUGAGUAUUUCUGUUGACGGCAAGCCGGUUGAGGACUGCCGCUGGAAAAACGCGACGCGGGGCAGCGACUACGGAAUGCUCUGGACGUACGAUGUUCCGCGCGGGACCCUCACAGAGCGAGGCGAGCAUGUGAUCACGGCGGAGCUGUCGAGCGGCGAUAACGACGACGACGACAAGAGGCUGUCCUUGAGCUGCACGCUGCCGGCCGACCGCGGCGAGUGCAAGAUGGCGAUGCGGACGUCGUUCUGCAGAUCUCGGAUGACGGCGGCGAAGACGGAGACGCUCACCGACGAGCUGGAGUCGUGCAAGCAGCUCGACGAACUCGAACCGAACAACAAGUGGGCCCUGCUGACGAUUGUUCUCUUGAUGAGGGCACUGGACCCACUGGGACGCGAGGCGGAGACGCUGGACUACCUGUCGCAGCUCAGCGAGGUCGACCCCUACCGCGGAAACUACUACCGCGAUCUCGGGAGCAAGUUCAUCAUGGAGAAUGUUCUGGAGCAGCAGCAGCAUUUAGAGGACAAGGUCGCGUUGAAGGACAAAGGCUUAACGGCACUGUACUACACUGAAUACCUAGCCACAGUGUCAGAGUUAAAUCUCGCUUCGAACAAGCUGACAAAUGUCAGCCAGUGCUGCCAUCUACAGUGCGUUACCAAGCUUAUACUGGAUGACAACGAGUUGGAGAGCUGUGUCGGGCUGGGGCAGCUGCCGUUGUUAGUGGAGCUCUCACUGCAGAACAACAAGUUGUCCACCGUCGAUGCGGUGGCGCCACUGUCCACGUGUCCUCGGUUGGAGAGGCUGGAUCUUCGCGGGAACCCGAUGGCGAGCGAUUGUGCCGUCGUCGAGAGCGUGCGAGCCGCACUUCCACAAGUUAGAGAGCUGCUGCUAGUGUGAAGCCGCCUCCCCCGCCGCGUCGUCGGGAGAGGCAUCACGUGUCGACCAAGAGAGGAAGAAAGAGAAAGUGAACUAAAUUCACGGUUGUUUUUAAAUUUCUGUGACAAGGUCAGAGAGUUGCUUGCUGGUGUGACGACGCCUCCCCCGCCGCGCCGCCACGACGUGCCGAGAAGACGUGACGUCAUCCACGCAGCAUCGUCGGUAGAGGUUUCGCGCGUAGAGCGAACGAGAGAGGAAGACAGACCUGCCAACCCUUACGAUUUUUUCGUAUUCCUUACGAAUUCCAUGAUG